AUGAAGGCCUCAGCCCAAUUCGCCGAUGCUCCAGAUGAUCCUGAAAGCCUUGUGAGCGAAGAUGAGGCAAUGCUUGGGGCGAGGGCCCCACUAACGACGAGAUACGCCUACUCAGCAUAUAGUAUAUGCGUCUCUUUAUGUCUUGCGUUUUUCAUUGGACUCGUUCUGGGACUCCUCAACCGCUGCCGCCUAUACUCACCAAGUUACAAUCAAUGUGUGAGACUGACGACUCACUCCACCCCCCUCCUUGAGGAUAUAACGGUAUCCUACAACAAGUUGACCUAUAAUGGCACCUUUACGACCGAGAAUAUCUAUAGGCAAUCAGCAGCUCUGGAGGUUGAUGAGGCAUGGGAGGCACUUGGUGUCAACUACCGAAGUGUCAGAAUACCACCCGACAGAGCAAAAGAAGCAGGCUUGCGAAACAACCAAGUUCAGAUCAACUCGAAGUAUGGUGGAGGCUUUCCAGCAAAUGUGGAAGGGUUGCACCACCUGCAUUGCCUGAAUCUUCUCCGACAAAGCUUAUAUUACAACUUCGACUAUUAUAAGGCUAAGAGAAAGGGUGCAUUCAGAAACAAUGACGAUAUACUGAAACUCCAUGUUUCGCACUGCCUCGAUAUCCUACGACAACAACUUAUGUGUACGGUCGAUGUGGGUGUCUUCGGCCAAGUCUGGUAUAGGCCAUCGCCUGGUUCGAUGCCAGCGGCCUUCGUGGACUUCAGUACGCAGCACAAAUGUCGAAAUUAUGAUGAUAUUCGUAGGUGGGCAGAGGCAAGGCAACUACCGAAGGAUGUGCCAGAAGAUUUCCUUCAGCCCCCGUAUGACGACUCGAUCAUACUUGAUGGGGUGCCAUAG